AUGAUUGCGGCAAUCGCCUUCACCUGCGCGGUCCUGCUGGUCAUCAUAUUGUUUCCGUCUCGAUAUUCUCCAGCUACCACCAAGGUCUCGGUGCAGGUCCUGGUUCUGGGUGAUAUUGGCCGAAGUCCUCGGAUGCAAUACCAUGCAUCAAGUAUUGCCAAACACGGCGGGAGGGUCGAUCUGAUUGGCUAUCACGAAUCCCCCCCUCACCCAGACCUUCUCAGUAAUCCACGGGUGAAGAUCCAUCCUCUCCCACCACCCCCAGCAGCUCUGAAGUCCAUCCCUUUCCUUGUCUCCGGCCCAUUGAAGGUCCUUUGGCAAAUCCUGACCCUAUUCCAUGUCCUUGCCUACAAGACAUCACCAGCACGAUGGCUACUAGUCCAGAAUCCGCCCACAAUCCCCACCCUCCUCAUUGCACUCAUCAUCUCCGUGCUGCGCGGCACCCACCUCAUCAUCGACUGGCACAACUACGGCUGGACGAUACUCGCCGGCACCCGCGGUGCCAGCCACGCCUUCGUUAGGCUUUCCAAGGCUUACGAGUGCGUGCUAGGCCGCGCCGCGCCCACGGCAAACAUCACCGUAACCCAUGCCAUGGCGCGGCAGCUAAAGGAGCCGCCGUACAGCAUCAAGAGCCUGGUCUUCACGCUGCACGACCGCCCGGCGGAGAUCUUCCAGCCCCUGACGUCGUCGGCGGAGCGGAGGGAUUUUCUAGAGCGGUUGCCGGAGACGAAGGAGUUUGCGAGUAACAUCAUGGCCGGCGAGACGAAGCUCAUUGUGAGUAGUACGAGUUGGACACCGGAUGAGGACUUUUCGCUUUUGCUGGAUGCCCUCGUCACGUAUGCCAAGGAUGGAAGCUCGUCCCCCAUCAUCGCCAUCAUUACCGGCAAGGGGCCUCAGAAGGCGUAUUACCAAGAACGAAUCCAGCAUCUUCAGAGGGCGGCCCAGCUGCCCAACAUUCGCAUUUUCACCGCUUGGCUGACGGUGGAGGACUAUGCUAUGCUUCUCAGCUGUGCUGACCUAGGUGUUUGCCUGCACAUGUCGAGUUCGGGGGUUGAUUUGCCGAUGAAGGUGGUCGAUAUGUUCGGGUCGGGACUCCCAGUUGCUGCAUAUUCAGCAUAUGAGAGCUUUGGCGAAUUGGUGAAGGAGGGCGAGAACGGAUGCGGCUUCGAGACUGCUGUUGAGCUAGCAGCAGUACUGAGUCGGCUGUUCCGCGACCACGAAGGAGCUCAAGAGCUGCACAGGCUGCGCACAGGUGCGCGGAAGGAAGGCAGCCUUAGAUGGGAUGAAGAGUGGGAUCGUGUGCUUGGGCGUGUGCUAGGCGUCAUGGACUAG